AAUAUUGCCGAUUGUCAGCGCAGUACUAGUAGUAGUAGUAGUCGAAGUCGUCGUAGUCGUCGACGUCGUCCCUGCAAUUCUGCCGGGCUACCGUAUUGUAUUGGUUGUCGUCGUACGUUGCUAUCGCCGAUUGCUAUAGCGUUCUCCCGCGUACAGACAGGUACGGUCGACGGAACGGGACGAGAAAAAUGAAUGAUAUUACAUUAAAUCGAUUGAAAUUAGAACGCAGUGAAUGGAGGAAAGAUCAUCCAUAUGGUUUUGUUGCUAGACCAUUGAAAAAUCUAGAUGGUUCAUGGAACUACAAGGUUUGGGCAUGUCGUAUACCUGGGUCGUUCAAUACUCUUUGGGGAAGUAGAUUGUACUAUUUGUUCAUGAUAUUCUCGGAUGAUUAUCCAUUUCGUCCACCAAUCGUCCGAUUUUUUCCCAAUAUUUUCCACCCUAACGUGUGCAAGAAUUGUGGUACUGUGCGCACACCAUUGUUGAAUGUAAAUUGGAACCCAAGCCACAGGAUCCGGGAAAUUCUGCUUGUAAUACGGUCGCUAUUAAUUGUGCCAGACACGUCGAAUAUUUCUAAUGAACUAGCAUAUUCUCUCUACUGUGUACGAGAUCAGAAUGACUAUCAGAGACUUGUCCAAUGGCAAUGCAUGAGAAUGUCUUCACAGGUAUAGGUUAGAAUAUAAGUAUUGUUGACAGAGAGAAGAUGAUAACUUUAUUUGAUUGUCCCAUAACAAUUUUAACAAUUGUCAAUAAGUAUUACACUUCUGUUAAUCCUUAAGAAAUAAUAUUAUCCAGUGUACUAUAUCAAAGAGUAAAUAUUCAACUGGUUCUCUCUUUUUGUAAAAUAAAAUAUGUAAUUAUCAUUA